CCGACGGCCGGCCCAUCUAGGCCCGUCGAACAAGCGUGAAUGUUGUGAAUGUAGAAGUCGACCUUAAAGGCCAAAAGGGCUUGCCUCUCAGCUAGACCUUGAACUUUCCAGCAACCCCAUCUUCUCCCUCGCCCAUUCCUGACAGGCCCACUUGUUGCGCAAGUCAGCACUUGCUCAACCAUGGUAGCAUCUGUACAUCCGGCCUUGCCGGAAUCACCCUCUCCAUCAGAUUUGAAGACGUUCGGCAGGCGCUCACGCCGAUUCGUUUGGGCCAAAGUCUCGGGUGCCAAGACCGACAUUGUUCGGCCUGAGUCGUCGAAAGGUGAUCAAGCCGUCCUGCACGAGAUCUUCUCCGCUUCGGACGCGCCAGCCCAGAUUGAGCGACACCGUCGGCAGCGAAGCUCUACUGUCAGCGCAGCUGGAGGUCCAGCUGUACCCGCUUCCCUCGAUGAAGAAGUCCGCUUCGCAGCGCCUCACAAGCCGAGCGGCUUAGCCAAGCGACACGGUCGCAGUCGGUCGAUCUUCUUUAGGAAGACUCCCACCAGCAAAGCUGGCUCCGCAAUCACGGAGUCUAGUGCGCUCACGGGCCGUCCAAGGUGCGCCACUGAGCAACCUGAAUCGGAUGUGGAAGAUGCAAUCUCCUUUGGCAGUCUAGCGUCACCGAGAUCGGCAUCCGUCACCAAAGCGCUACGAGAUCUCGAGCAAGUGUCUGACUUCGUUUGCCAGUGCGCGGCUGAUGUCACGCCGCCAGGCAAUCACGACCUUGAACGUCAUUUGCACAGAGCUGCCGAAAGGGCGCGACUCGUCUCCAUGACGCAGAGCAUCGGACGGACAAGCUUCAGCACGUUGGAGGAGAGCUCUGCCUGCUCCUCACCAGUCUCUUCGUAUGCACACGAUUUGCCGAUCGUGCAGGGAGUCUUGCUACCUAGCAGCAUGUCAAGGCCAUCUCGCAGGAGCAGCGCGCAUCCCUCGAGUCGGAUACGCAGAGAUGGAACGGUGAGCCCCACCGGUGGGUCGCAUCACUCGCAUCUUGACUACGGCAGGGAGACGAUGAGCAUUUUGGAAGCGGGCACCGCACCUCUGGGCCAUGGAUCGCUCGUUGCGCCCACCCCACUGCCCCCUCGUCGACCUCAGCGCUGCGCGCGAAACAGGACUCAAAGCGCAGGUGCAGCCUCGGCGCCCAGCGUUUCUUCUGCAGGCUUCUUGGCAGAUCAAGAAGCCGUCAUGCCUCCGCCGCUUCCCCAUCUGGCCACCAUCUCCACAGCCAACGAUGACAGUCGGCCGCAGAGUCGCGGAGGCACAAAGAGGCCGUUGACGUCCACUCCUCCGCACGAAGCCGGCGAAUCGAGAGACUUGUCAACGCAGAGUAGCGCCACUGAGCUGCCGCAGCUCAAACAAGGCAGAAGCAUGACGUCUACUUCGAUCGUAAGAGCGCGAAGUGGAAGCGCUUCGACGCUCGCAAAUGCGAGGAACAUGAUUGAGCGCACCCUUGGUGGUCGGUCGCGUGGUGGGAGCAUCAGCAACGAGCAUUCCACGCCCAAGACUAGGGCGCGGUCGGGUUCCAACCCGCUGUCGCGUCUCAUGAACAGGACAGCAACUCCAACGCAAUCGGAGCACGAGGUCGAUCCAAGCGUCGCGAACGACACCCCCGUCGCUCCUGGCAUCUGCACCCCGACUUUCGGCAACAUGAACUGGACCUUGCCUCCUCUGGACACUUGCACCGCCCCUGCAUCCCACGAUGACAUGUGGGAUGCUCUCAACUCUUCAGAAGAGCUCACAGAGACGCUCGAUGCGGAAAGCGUGCCCAGAGAUUUUGGUGACGCUGAGAACCACCUUACUGGCCGUUCGCUCGGUCUGGGCUUUGACCCCACUGGACUGGUGGCUUAGGUCUGCAACCGCACGCUUUGGAUGACAAUUUGUCGGAUGCGUCUUGCCAAUUAUCAUCACCGCGCUUCUUUGCAACAUUCUUGACUCGGACCCCUCGCGUCGCUCUCGCUCCAUCACGAUUCACGAUGACACAUCUACCACAUCAACAAUCACGAAACUCACGCAAUUUGUCACGCUUUUCCCGCAGACUGGAUGCAA